UUGUGUGUAUGGAGGCUUUGAACUGCCUCCCCUCUCACAAUUCUAGCUUUCUACUUUAGUGACCCUUUUCCCUUGUCCCUAGUAUGAGAUCACUUCAGUGUGAGCAGACUCCUCCCUAUCAUGUGAUCUCAUAGGACUCACACUAUGAUCACUUCAGCUGUUAAUUAUAAAGACCUCGAGUAUGGCCUCCCUGUACAGGCUAGGGACAGUGUUCUCAAUGUCACAGACACUCUCCCCAAGAGUGACGUAGGCCGAGAAUAUUAUCAGCAGAAUAUGGAACAAAAGGUCAGAGUUCAUACCAAGUCUCUAAUUAGUCAGGUGCUUAUGGAUGAAAUAUUGAAAUUUUCUUUAAAAAGCUGUAAUUACAAUUUGUCCGACCUCCCUUUAAAUUGUCAAUAAUGAUUAUCGAUCGUGAGAAUUAAUAAUACGAUAUCAGUAGGUGUGACAUGUAGAAUGACCUUUGACCCCCUAUAUUGCUGAGAGUUGGCGGACAGAGCCAAGGGGUGGUGGGGGGAAAGCCCCUAAUGAUCUGCUGCUCAAGAUGUCGCGUACUGGACCGUACUACAAACGCAACAGACCUCACAUUUGCUCAUUCUGGGUCAAGGGAGAGUGCAGUCGUGGAGAGGAGUGUCCCUACAGGCACGAGAUGCCGACAGAUCCAAAUGACCCACUGUCCAAUCAGAAGAUCAAGGAUCGUUACCAUGGCGUGAAUGACCCGGUGGCUGAGAAGCUUCUCUCCAGUGCCCAGGACCUGCCCACUCUGUCACCACCUGACGAUAAGACAGUCACCAGCCUCUAUAUAGGAGGAAUUGAUGAGUCAUUCAACCAAUCAGAUCUCAGGGACCAGUUUUAUGCAUUUGGAGAGAUCAUGUCUAUUCACAUGGUGACCAAGUCUCGUUAUGCCUUUGUCACAUUCUCCACUAGAGCAGCCGCAGAGAAAGCUGCUGACUCAACAUUUAAUAAACUCAUUGUUAAAGGUCGCAGACUCAAGGUGUUGUGGGGAAAGGCCCAGACCACCCCCUCCCUGGGGGUCAAGGGUCAACAGACGCUAGCCCCUGUACCAGGACUGCCAGCAGCCCCGCCCCCUUUGCCCUUUGACCCCUUUGGCCUGAGCUCCAAGGCGACUCCCCCUCCUCCUCCUGGGGGAUUUCCCCCACCUCCACGCCCAUCACAAAUAUCACAUGUACUGGGAUCCCGCCCACCACACGUGUCACAACUACUCGGACCACCACCACCGCCACCAGGAUUCCCUCCUCCUGCUGGCGGGUACUACCCACCACCACCAUCGAGGGGAUUUCCCCCACUAGGGCCACGCCCACCUACGCUCCACUAUCCCUCACAGAGUCCACUCCAUCUCGGGGCAAAGAAAUAACCUCUCUAUUGUAUUGGACUAGAGAAAUGGACUGCUAGUAAUAACAUAAUACUAAUAACUAUUAUUUCCACUCGUACUUGUAUUUCUGAUCAUGUGAACUGUGUACAUGAAAUUGCAAUUGACCUAAUCAUUAAUUAUGAGCUGAAGAAUGCAAUUGUUGAUUACUUCUC